CUCACAAAUCCCAGCAUGUAAUGAACCACCACCACCUAGUCAUUAUCAUCACCAUCAAGAAUGGGGUGUGUUCCGAGCAAAGGGACCAUCAGCAGCCCAGCAAGGGGGCUUGACAAGUUGAAACGUGAGCAUGGUUACAUCAAAGGAGAGAAUGCAGGGAGGGAUGCUAAUAGAGGUGGAGAAGGUGUAGGUCGUGGUGGGAACGUCGUGCAGAGUAUUCCGGUGAAUAAGAUUGCUGCUGAUGAGCUAGUUGGUGGAUGGCCGAGAUGGCUCGUUGAGAACGUGCAGGUCGAUGAUUUGGCCGGCUUGGUUCCCAAGAGUGCCGAUUCAUAUGAUAAGCUUGCAAAGAUAGGCCAAGGUACAUACAGCAACGUGUACAAGGCCAGGGACAAGACGACAGGAAAGAUCGUCGCCCUAAAGAAGGUCCGAUUCGACACAUCAGAACCCCAAAGCGUUAAGUUUAUGGCAAGAGAGAUCAUAAUACUGAAGAAGCUAGACCACCCAAACAUCAUAAAGCUUGAAGGGAUAGCCACCUCAAGAAUGCAAUACAGUCUCUACUUAGUUUUUGAUUUCAUGCAAUCAGACCUCACCAAAGUCAUCUCCAGGCCUGUAGGAAAGCUCACUGAGCCUCAGGUGAAGAGCUACAUGCAGCAGUUGCUCUCAGGACUGCAGCAUUGCCACGAGAGGGGAAUCCUGCACAGGGACAUAAAGGCAUCGAACUUGUUGAUCGACAAGAAUGGGGUGCUGAAGAUUGCAGAUUUCGGGCUGGCAAAUUUCUACAAGAACAGGCCAAAACGUCCCCUUACAAGCCGGGUUGUGACGUUAUGGUAUAGAGCUCCUGAGCUGCUUCUUGGCUCGACGGAUUAUGGAGUUGGGAUCGAUCUCUGGAGUGCCGGAUGCCUUCUGGCAGAAAUGUUUGUGGGACGGCCUAUUAUGCCUGGUCGGAAUGAGAUUGAGCAGCUUCAUAAGAUCUUCAAGCUAUGUGGGUCGCCAUCAGAAGAGUACUGGAAGAAAGUAAAGCCGCCGGCCACUUUCCGGCCGCCGCAACAGUAUAAGCCCAAUUUCAAGGAAGCAUUUCCCAACUUUCCCAAUUCCGCUUUUGCCCUUCUCGACAGACUUCUCUCUCUCGACCCUGCGUUUCGUGGAACCGCUACUUCUGCUCUCCAAACCGAAUUCUUUACGACAAAUCCGUUGCCCUGUGAUUUGUCCGAUUUGCCCAUCAUAGUAUCGGAGGACGACAAGCCAGUCCAAUCCAUGGAAACUAGAAGAAUGUCCAUAUUGAAGCAAAGAUCUCAGAAAAUCCAUGCAACUCAUAGAAGAAAGGUCUCCUUCACUGACCUCAUUGGAGAUGCUCUCUCUGCCAAACAGGAAAUUCGCACGACAAGUAACACCCAAAGCCAAGAUAUGUCGAUAGGCAAUAGUUCAAUCAGUUCGUCGUCCAUUGCAAAGGCAAACAGCGGCCAAGAACUCCCACCGCGAUCGCCUACUCCAGCGUUCCGUUCGCAGCAGAAUCGAUCUGCUAGAACUGAGGCACACCCCAAUGCUCUCAAGAACAUCAAGAACUACCCUCUCUUACUGGCUUCUUUAACUGAGGCUGCUCACCACCUUGAAGAGAGCAAUUCAAGCCUCUAUCGCAGGUCGAUUUCAAAUAUUGAUUUUAGAAAUCUUGAUCUGGAAAAGAUCUCAAAGCUGUUUGGGUUAGAAGAUAACUUGGCUCAACGAUGAGAAUCUUUAUUCAAAUCGAGUCUGGCCAAACUGAAUCAUCGUAUUAUGAGUGUGUUGUGCAGUCAUGUAAUAGUUCAUCCACCAAUCACUUGGCAAGUCUGAUGUUCUCACCAUGUGAUUGAGUUCAAUUUGACUGAGAUUGGUUCAAGGCUAGAAUUUCUUUUUAGGCGCGAUCAAUGAUGUGAUUUAAAUAAAUAAAUAAAGUCUUCGUAUUUAAUUUUACUCAA